AGAGAGGUCGAUUUCCAGCCUUCCGGGCUCGUCGAUCAUGGCACGGGAUAUUCGGCAAGCGUCGACGAUUCGAACGCUCUGCUUCUUGCCAUUGUCGCGCGAGCGAUAGAGCGCAACGGGCCGAGUGGGCGCCUAUGGCAGCGUCAGCGUGCGCGGGCUGCUUGAGCGGCGGGUUCUUGAACCUCGGGAGCUCGCGAGGCCCGCAGUGGAGCUCUGCAGAUGUGGAUUUCGGUGUCGGAGUCGGAGGCGCGACGCUCGGCGGAGGAAUUCGGUUUCGGAGGUCGCGAUUGCAGGAAUUUGUGGUGCUGAAAGUGUGUGCGAAUGGGCAGAAUUUGCCGCAGAAUGUGGAUUUGCCGGCAGUUCUCCCAAAGAAGAAGAAGAAGCCGUUUUUGACGCCCUUGAAGCAGCAGAAGAAGAAUCGUCGACCUCCUCCUGCGGGUGACGGGACUGCGAGAGCUCCCGCCAAUGGAAUGCUGGUGCAGAGGCUCGUUCCGGUGGCUCAUACCGUGAUUCGAGCCAAGGGAAUUUGUGAGCGAGGAGUCGCCCGCCUCGUGGAAAACAUCCCGGUGAAGACCUGCAGGUUUUGCACAGAGGUUCACAUCGGACCCGUCGGUCAUAAUUUGGGGACAUGUCGAGGCCCUGGAUCGAAUAGUCGAAAAGGCCUUCAUGACUGGCUGAAGGGUAGUGCCGACGACAUUAUGGUGCCCGUUGAAGCUUACCAUCUCGAAGAUAGACUUGGGCAACCCAUUAGUCACGAUAAGCGGUUUGAUGUCGACAGAAUAUCAGCUGUUGAGGAACUUUGCAUUCAGGCAGGUGUAGAUGACCCGAGAUAUCCAACUGUGAGGUAUUCUGCACCUGUAAUACCGAAAUUUCGGAAGAAAGUGGAAGAUGCAAGCCGGUCAGGAGACGCGCAGGAUAUUUCUUACAGAAUUAAGGAGAAUAAUCCGAAGAAAUUUGCACAUCCCUUGGAUGAUACGGGUUGGACAGAAGUAUCGAUGCAGGAGAUCAAUUCUGAAGUAGGAGAGGAUGUGGAGACAUCAAUAGAAAUUAAGGAUGACGAAGACAUGGACUCUGAAGCCCUUGCUUGUGAGAGCAACAGCGCAUUUGGAGAAGAGCUUCUCGAGAUUUGUGCAGAAGACGACUUAGAAAGUGUUGCAGAGAAAACCCUGACAGCAUGGGAAAUCAUGCGCCAGGGUUCACGACGCCUGAUGACUAAAUACAGAGUAGUUGCCUGUGGAUAUUGCCCAGAAGUCCAUGUUGGACCAAAAGGUCACAGAGCCCGGAAUUGCGGGGCCUUCAAGCACCAGUGGCGUGAUGGGAAACACGGAUGGCAAGAUGCUGCCUUGGAUGAGUUGAUUCCAUCACAAUAUGUCUGGCACUUACGAGAUAAGAAUGGUCCCUCCUUAGAAGCUGCUCUGAAAAGGUUUUAUGGGAAGGCUCCUGCUCUGGUUGAAUUGUGUGUACAAGCAGGGGCAGCUAUUCCAGAAAAGUAUAAACCGUUGAUGAGGCUAGAUAUAGCGAUCCCUACAAUGGAGGAAGUUGAACUUGUUGUAUGAUAAUAAUUUUGGAACAUAUUUCUUUGUAAAGCCGAUUGUUUCGGGUGAACCUAACGUGUUUUCUUCUGCUUUUACGA